UAUCCACCUCGUGACGUACAUUGGCUGACAGCAACAAAAAAAGGAAAUGUGUAGCUAACGUUACUGCCGCAAGGAGCUUGAGCCGACGCUCGUCCGUUGGUGUUGGAUAUUUGAUAAUAGGCUAUUAAUAUAACCAACAGAGUAUUAAUAUUUAUGAAUGGCUUUAAUUUAACUAGCUACCAAAGAUGGUAGUUAACCUUGAGUCUACUCGGGAACUGAUUCAGCUCGUAAAACAGUGCUAAAGAGAAGAAUGCCUUUGCUGGUUCGCUAGCUAGCUAGCUAGCGUUAGCUAGCUUUCAGGAUGUGCAGCUGAACGCUAACCGAACAGGCUAAAUAUCAACGUACAAUGACUGCUUCUUGAGAGUACAGUCUCCCGAAAACGCUGCGAGAAAGGAGUGUUUUCUGUGUGCCUUUAGCUACCUCCGAACAGCGUCGAUACUGUUUACAUGAUGAAGAACUGCGAGUACCAGCAGAUUGACCCGCGGGCGCUGUCUGUGUCGCCCUCGUCCGCACAGAACCACACCGAGAAGAAAGUGCAGCGGUCGCGGAGGAAAUGGGAAGUGUUCCCAGGAAAGAACAGGUUUUACUGCGAUGGACGGAUCAUCCUGGCCAGACAGAGCGGUGUCCUUCCUCUGACACUGGGGCUUAUUGUUGUCACGUGUGGCCUUUUCUUUGCAUUCGAUUGCCCAUUCCUGGUAGAGCAUCUGACCGUCUUUAUACCUGUGAUUGGUGGGGUGCUUUGUGUGUUUGUGCUCAUCUCUCUGCUGAGAACCAGCUUUACAGACCCAGGCAUCUUACCUAGGGCCACCCCAGAUGAAGCAGCAGACAUUGAGAAGCAGAUAGAUACCUCAGGAUCCUCUACGUAUCGCCCCCCUCCGCGAACCAAGGAGAUCCUCAUCAACCAGCAGGUGGUAAAGCUCAAAUACUGCUUCACUUGUAAAAUGUUCCGCCCUCCUCGGACCUCCCACUGCAGCCUGUGUGACAACUGUGUGGAACGAUUUGAUCACCACUGCCCGUGGGUGGGGAACUGUGUGGGCAAACGCAAUUACCGUUUUUUCUACAGCUUCAUCAUCUCUCUGUCUUUUCUGACAUCUUUUAUAUUUGGCUGUGUCAUCACGCACCUUACCCUGCGUUCUCAAGAAGGUAAAAACCUUGUUCAAGCCAUUCAAGAGAGCCCUGCCAGUGUGGUGGAGUUGGUGAUUUGUUUCUUCUCCAUCUGGUCUAUUAUGGGCCUCUCAGGCUUCCAUACAUACUUAGUAGCCUCCAACCUCACAACAAAUGAAGACAUAAAGGGCUCCUGGUCAAGUAAAAGGUGUGCAGAGGAUUCUGGGAACCCGUACAGUUACAACAGUAUUAUAACCAACUGCUGUGCGACGUUAUGUGGCCCCAUGCCCCCAAGUCUGAUUGACAGAAGAGGUUUCCUGCCUUUUGAUGAGGCAAUCCCUGCUGCUUCGGCCUCGGAGAUGGAGCUGCCUCGCUUCGCAGCCAAGAAUGACGCACACAUGUGCACGCAGAGCACCAAGGAUGUGUUGGAGAGGGUGGUUAACUCUUUCGACUCUCAUGGCCUGUGCCCCCCUGGAACCCCUAAGACCACCCCUCUGGGCCUGGAGGUUUCCAGCAUGGCAGCACCUUCCACGGAACCUUCACCCUCCGUUGGCUGCUCAGGCCAGCACGCCCUCCAGCCUGUGGCCGCUCCUUGCCCCCCAUUCAGCAGGAGCAGCAAAAGGAGAGACUCGCUGCACUCCUUCAACCCAGCCUUCCGCCUGGCUUCUCCCUCCCCACCGCUGAGCCGCACCACAUUGAUCUUAGACGAUGCAACCGACGUGGGCUUCAUCCCGCUACCCUGAGUCCACCCAGUAACCAGAAGGAAACAGGAGGAGUCGUAGUGCACUCAACGCCACUCCGUAUCACUGGCUACAAAGGACCUUUUCAUAGUGGUGGUCACGCUGUGUGUUGCUGUUUGGUAUCUCAAGAUGUCAUUCUGAUAAGUUGAUUAAGCGUUACCUGGAGGGUUUUUAUGUUCUGUGAGUUUUAUCAACAUUGUCCUACAAUACUACACGUAUGUGUCCUUCAGGAUGAAGGUAAAUCUUAGUAAUACCUGGAAGCACAAAAGAGAGAUAUUUUUUUAACACCUUUUUACUAAGACACCCAGAACAUGCCUCCACACCUUCCACAGAACCUCAAGCCAUGCGUCACAGCCGCAGCGUUUAAGUUCCUGCUAAUAUAUUAUGCAACCAAGUCUUCAAAUCUGGGAAUAAUUACCAUAUGAGUGUGGAUGCAGGAAGCACAGAAAUAGAUUUACUGAACUGGCAUGCACUGAAUAGUGAGCCAUUUCAGGGUUAUCAACUCAAAAGUUGGCCUUACAUCAUAUCCCGUCACUUCCUGUCAUACAUCAUCUAGUGUCAUCAGGUGGAUCAGUUUGACAGGAUUCAGAUGAAUGAGCAAUCAGAGUUUAAGGAAGGCGCAGUUUUUAAAUGUUUGCGUAUCGAGGUCUUUGCUGUAUUUUGUAAUCGGUUGUGCAUGUCUUGUGUAUCAGAUGCUCUUCUAGGCUAAAUGGCAAACUUCUUUUUGUGAGGUGUAUCACUUGGAUACUAAGAGACUGUCCCUGAAAGACGUAACACUGAGUGAAUUUGUUCAUGUAUGGCUGGAUACUGAUGAUGAAAUAGCUCCUCCACAUAGUUUAUAAUAACUCCAUGUUGUUUAAUCUAAUUUGUUGGAUGUCAAAACAAAGUAUUUACUGUUCUACAAAAUCAAAUUUGCUGUUGCCCACCAAGACUUGGGUUGCAGUAUUGUUCUCUGACGCACUGUCUCCUAUUAAUGUAAUCUACUGGGAUGCUUUCAGUACGAGGGAGCAUCUGUUUUUUCUUUGCCUCAGGGCACAUCGACCAUACGUUGCCUGUCAUGAGUGUGUUGGUGGUUACAGCACAGACUCGACGUAUGGACUGUUUCAGUGAGAGUAAUGUUUCAGGAAUGUUGAUGAGGUCUCUUCAUGCUCCUUGUCAUGGCUGUGACCUUUUGCUCUUUUUACAGCAUGACACUUAAUCUAUGAUGGAGUAUACUGUAAAAACAGUAAAUAGCAGGGGGUAGUUUGUGCCACUAGGGGGCAGCAUGUGAAUGAGGAUUACAGCCCAGUCAAAGGACAAUUUAGUAACAUGAAAACCACUAGAAGAAAGGCCUUUUGAUGUUUGUAUUUAUUUUUUGAAAUUGAGCAUUGAAGCUAGUUAUAGUUGUGAAGAUUCACGUUGCCAUAGUCAGUGGGUCGUUCAUCUAUCAGUCUGCAUCGAGACCCAUAGGUUUGUGUAGACGUUUACAAGCAGUGCUUGUAUGAACAAACUUGUUUGUAUUUUGUAGGAUGUAACAGUGGAACUGUAACAUUUGGUCAAUAAAAAAAGUGAUCACAUUUU